GAAGAGGAAUUCUUAAGAGGAAGAAAGCACGCAAGAAGCAAGAGAGAGAGGACUGGCAACCGACCUUGUGUCUCGGUUGUUCUGCAGGGAAAAAGAAACACUUGAGCGUUUACCACCGCUACGUUUUCUUUUUGUUUGCUUCCGUCCGCUGCACACCGGCGGGAGCUGAAUUGAGAGCCUUACAUCCGUGUAAGUCCUGACAAGUAUCCUCCAUAGAAACGUGUGGAUCGUCAAUUAUUGCCGUGCGAAGAGCAGGCCGUUGAGACAGCUUGUUUUCUUCUACCCACCCAUAAUCUUGAGCACCUACUCUGAUUUUCUGUGUGUUUCUGAACGCAUUUCGUUGUGCUCUUCGCCACUCUGCGCGCCAUGUCCAUCCCGCUGGAGAACUGGGGGCAGCUGAAGCUGUCGGCUGCCAAGUCGGAGGUGAAGUCGGAAGACGGCGCAGACUCUAAGAAGGGCGACGCCGUCUUGGAACUGCUAGCGUUGCCGAAGGGCAAGGCGAAGGACAGCGCCACAUACGUGCCACAGCCGAUUCUGAGCAUUCCUGUCUCCGCCGUUGCCAGUGCAUCGGGCACGACGAAGAACGACGUGAGUCUCACGAUGCGACCCACCACCGCUGCGGCUUCUGCUGCCGGGGCAACGGGUGACUUGGAGCUGACGUCCAUCCGCUUCGCUGUGCCCAACGUGUGCGUGGGCUACGACCAGACCGAGGAGGCCGGCAAGGUCAUUCUGCAGGACAUUCAGAAGAGCAUGAUGCAGUACCAGGAACAGUUCCUGCAAACCCACGGCAGUGGCACGCAAGACGGCAAGUUGCUGGCUCUCGCUGCGAUGGGCAGUGGACAGGAAAAGCACGCGGAUGAGAAGGUCGUGGCGACGUUCGACGAUGUGCUUUUGUCGUACCCGACAGGCAAGUAUAAGAUGGUCAUCUCGAACUACAACGUGGUGCUGGAGGACAAGAAGAAAGGGACCUCGAGCGGGCUUGUGUCGUUUCCGUUGUCGGACAUGCAGAACAUCUUCUUGUGCGACGUCCCGGUGUACUUCUCUGCCUCUGACGCGGCGGACUUCAGCAACGCGCCGCAGUACGUCGUUCUCAUCUUGAAGAACCCGCUGCGGAUCCGCACGGCGACGUACAAUCACGUCGUCAUUUCAUGCCCUGCCGGUCUGGCGCUGGAUGACGAGCAUCCGUGGAGGUGUGAGCUGAAGACGCAGGAGGAGAUUAACAAGGUGCUUCAGCUGCCGGCCGCCAAGGAGGGAGAGGAGCCAGCGUUGGUGCCGACGAUGAGCGGGCGUGUCAGCGACAUUCUCACACGCACCUUCAAAGCCAUCGCGAAGGUACCCGCCUACGGAGGUGUGAACAAGGAGUACAAGUCGGUGCUCACGGGCCGCGCGCAGUCGUCGAUGCGGUGCCUCUUUCACGCUGCGGAAGGCCUGCUGUACAUCGUGAACAGCGGCUUCCUCUUCCUACACCGCCCCGCCACGCGCAUCGCCUUUGCCGAUGUUCUGCGUGUUGAGAUGGACGAGUCGGAGAGCGGCCAGGCCACCUUCCAGCUGACGGUCUACGCGAGCGGUGCCAAGGGCCAGGAUAAGUACGUCUUUUCCUCGAUUGCGAAGGAGGAGAAGGCGGGGUUGCUGGCGUACCUCUCGACUCGGGUGAAGCUGGUCCGCACCGGUAUGGAGGCGGAGGACGUCGAUGAUGACGAGGAGGCGGAGGAAGAAAAAGGCAGCUCAGAUGAUGAGGACGAUGACGAUGACGACGACGACGAUGACGAUGACGACGACGAGGACGAGGAUUCCGAUGGCGGCUCUCGCAAGCGCCACCGCGCGGAGAAGGAGAAGAGCGAUAAGAGCGAUAAGCGAGAGAAGAGGCACAAGAAGCACAAAAAGGACAAGAAGCAUAAGAAGGACAAGAAGCACCGGAAGCACAGGCACGAGAAGCACAAGCACGAGAAGAAGAGCGAGUGA